AGAAGAAAACUUCGUUUUCGCGGCGGAGUUUUGAUUUUGCUAACAACAACAUGGAAAUGUCAAUUCGCAGAUAUAUUUUUCGCUCCAUCCACUUGCAUUGGUGACCAGUUGUGUGGUAUGAUUUCCAAAUGUCGACACAUGCAUAAUGAGCUAGGGUCUUUUUAUGCUAGAUGCCCGUAAACUAUGAGGUAUUGGAUUGGAUUUCUGCUUUCUCCUCGUCUGACAGUGAGAUCGAAGGGUAUCAAGGCCUUCACAGUGAAGAAACCUCCCUCAAAUGCACAUGAAUAUGCGAAAAUCCAAAUUCAUCCUGUAAAUAAUUUUACUACAACUAUUGAAGAAAACACUUUCCAAAUGACAGUCUCUAAACUUGUAAAUCAUCUUUUAGAGAAUUCAAAUGUUAGGAAUAUUAACUCUCCAGCAGUUCUUAUAAAAAAUAUUAAAGUUGUUCGAAAAAAAUUAGAGGUACUUAUCACUAGCGGAGGUGAUAAACUGGAAAUUGUUACAGAUUUCGAUCGUACAAUGUCAAAAUAUCGUCAUAACGGGGAAAUUAUUCCAACAUGUCAUGGUAUUUUUGAAUCAGAUCCUGAAUUAACUGAGACAACAAAAUCUCUUUUGAUUGAAUUACGGAAUAAAUAUUAUCCUAUUGAAAUGGAUAUUAACCUAAAAGAAAGUGAAAAAAUUCCACAUAUGAUUGAAUGGUGGGAGUCAGCACAUCAAGCCAUAGUUGACUGUGGUAUACAUAAGUAUACACUUGAGAAAACAGUUAAAGAAAGUCGUUUAGUUUUAAGCUUGAUUCCACACCGUAUUUUUGGUACAGAUAUGGAAUUUUCAGCAUGUGAUAUCGGUAGCCCAAAUUUUGCAGGCCGACCAUAGAUAUCAGGUGUGCGUCUGCAGGGAAUCGAACCCCAAACCAUGUGCAUUGUCGGCGAGAGUCCUAACCACUGUGCCACCGACGCACUCUAUGAUGCGUGUCUUAUAUUUUAAAUAGUCCUCUGAUGUUGGAUUUGAUCUAUGCGGAGUAACAACUGUGUUACCGUUCACAAUUUUGGAGUAUUUUGUGAAAACAAUUCUUUGGUUAGUUAAUUUUACUCCCUAAAAAUUUCAGUACAGUAUGUAUGUUGAAUUGCGCGCAAUUUCAUGCUACCUUGUUUCGCCUACUUUAAUUUUAUUUUCUCAUAUUUUUAGGGAGAAAGUGGAUAGUUUUCUUCAAUUGUUACAUAACCACAAUAUACCUGUUUUGGUUUUCUCUGCUGGACUUGGUGAUGUUAUUGAUUUAUUUCUACAUCAUUCAAAUGUUCAUUAUGAUAAUAUGCGUGUUGUAUCGAAUUUUAUGCAAUUUGAUAAUGAUAGAUUUUGCUUGAUUCGUUUGAGGACUCUAUCAUGAGCUGACAUCAAUUAGAAGAUCACUGGUGUGGAUGCGUGCUGAUGAGGAGUCCCAAACUAAGCAGACGAUACAGCUGUCCAGUACUCCCUGCAGGUAAUCCAAUGGUUCUCUAACUGAUAUCAGUUCAUGAUGAAAUCCUCCAACUAAUAUGGAAUUCACGUGCUCUAUUCCUUCUUAUUCUCCUGUAUUUUGAAUUCUUUUGAAAGGGUAAACUGACUGGAUUCACUUCACCAAUUAUUCAUAUAUUCAAUAAAACAGCUAAUAUUGUUGUAAAUAAUGGUUUACCGAAACGACCAAAUGUUCUCCUACUUGGUGAUUCAACUGGUGAUAUACAUAUGGCAGAUGGAGCGACAAUUGAUGAUCCUACUGGACAACUUGGUACUGUACUGCGUAUUGGCUUUUUAAAUGAAGGAAUUGAAGAAAACUUGGAAAGAUUUCAAUCUGUUUAUGAUAUUGUUCUUGUCAAUGACGAUACAUUUAAUAUCCCAUUGAAAAUUAUUCAAAGUAUCCUGUUACACGAUGAUUAGUGGAAGUAAAAGCGCUAAUGAAAGAGAAUCACACUCAUUCUUCAUUUAUUCGUUUAUUUUUAGAUUUUUUUUUAAAAAUUCUAUUUUAUUACUGUAAUUUGUUAAUAUUAUUAUUAUUAUUACCAUAGUGAUUUGUGAUCUGUGAAAUCAAAUAAAAUGGAAACUAUUAUUAUUAUUAUUUGUUUUAAUUUUCAAUGAAAUUACUGAUUUCCUCAGCGUAUUUUAUUAUUUUUUCUGCGUUUUUCUAUGGGUUUGUGUUGAAGUGUACAAAACAAGAGUGAUGAAUAUUCUUUUUCCUUUUAUGAUUCAUCGACUUCAUCAAGCAGCCAACCCAUCUAUUACAUUUGUCUAAUUAGUUAGUUGGUUCAUUAUUCAGUUCUGUGCUAUCCCCAUCAACCCUUUACCCCCCUAUCCUAGCCGUGGAUAUUUAUUUCUUACUAUUGUCCACCUUCCCAUCUAUCUAUCCAUCCAUCUAUUCGUUGAUAGAUUGCUACACUGGUAUGCAAUAAUAAUGACAAUUAUUAUUAUUAUCAUUAUCGUUAUUACUAUUUACUAUUCGGUCACCUUAUAUUAAAUUAACACAUUAAUAAAGAACAUGUGUAAUCACAUUUUUCUUUCGUGUGGCUAAAACUUUAAAUUCUCCUCUUUGUUUUCAAAUUUCUCUCCCUUCAUUUUCCUUCUUUUCAUUUUUCCCGCUCAAUAUAUAUUAUUUGAAAGUUAUACUGGAUUAUUGAAACAUUGGACAAACAAACAAACAAAUCAAUCAAUCAACCAAUAAAUAUUCAUAUUUAUUCGCUUAGUGGAUGGAGUGUUGUAAACUUACAGACACACACACACACACAGACAUACACUUUUCCUUCUUCCUCUUCGUCACGUGCUAGACGUUAUCAAUUAGUUGGUUGAUGAAGUGUUAUCAUCACAACAUAUAUAUCUGGCAAAAAAUAUAUUUGCUAUUGUAUAUUUUUACAGUUAAAUAAUCAUUAUUUGAUUCUAUUCUUCUACCAUUUUCUGUUUUCUAUUAAAAUAGAUUUAAAAUGAUGUCCUUUAUCUUUUUUAAAGAUGUGUAUAAAGAAAACAAAUCUGUCUUCAAUAAAUUGAUUAACAGAAUCGAG